AUGAGAGAUCAAGAAAAGAUAUUAGAGAGGGUUCAGCAAAAUGGAAUUAAAAUUGAUUAUGUUUCAGCAUAUAUCAAUAAGUUAUUUAGAACCAAACUUGCUCAUACGACUCUACUUGCAUUGGCAAAGGCCAUUUCUGAGUCGACAGGGAUCCAACUUGAUAGACUUGCAAAAAGAUAUAAAAGUGCCUUAUUAUGUUGGUAUUCUGAAAAUUGGGAUAAACUUCAAAAUCAAAUAAGAAAUUUUAAUAUCAAUAGCAUUGCAAACGAAUGUCAAAUUACAUUUAACAAUUUAGAAAGCCAAAACUAUAGUAUUCAAGGUCCAAGUUCUUUACCAAAGAGAGACCAUGUUGAUUCUAUGAAAAUAAGAUCUAUUGAUCCUACUGAUUUAUAUUCUUUGCUUAACCAUUAG